AUGACUUCAGAUGGAGCAUCUCCAUUGCCUGGACCAGACAUGACCAUGAAUCCUGGCACUGCCCUGUCUCCUUUCACGGCACUUCCCAUCCCCCCAUCUGCUCCUGGCCCACCCGACCAACCACCCUGGGAGCGGCCGCCACAGCCCUCCGUGCCUUCAGCUUUCUCUCCCGGCAACCCUCUGGUGCUCUCUGCUUUCCCCAACCCAUUGUUGGUGACAGGGGAUGGGGUCCCUGGCAACAGUGGGGGUGAAGCUGGCAAGGUCAUUGUCAAAGUCAAGACAGAAGGGGGGGCAGCUGAGCCCUCUCAAGCUCAGAACUUUAUCCUAACUCAGACUGCCCACAAUUGGAUUGCCUCGGGUGCUCCCUGUGGGGGCUCCGAAGGCCCUCCACCUCAAUUUGUGAUAGCCUCCAACGUGAAGACCCUUCUGCCCAGCGAGGCUGUGGGGGUGAGCCAGGAGGGCCUCCCAGGCCUUCCUGCUCAGGUCGCAGCACCAGCCGCCCAACUGGCUCCCAUUGUGUCCCCCGAAAAGGCUUGGCCAGGGCCACAUGGGGCAACGGGAGAAGGAGGUGUGGCAGUGGCCCAAACCAAGCCAUCCCUGGCUGAGCUCUCCUAUACCUCCAAGGGUGUUUAUGAGAACUUCCGGCGCUGGCAGCGCUACAAAGCCUUGGCCCGGAUGCACUUAUCCCAGAGUCCUGAUGCAGAAGCUCUUUCGUGCUUUCUUAUCCCAGUGCUUCGUUCCCUGGCCCGGCUGAAGCCCACCAUGACCCUGGAAGAGGGACUGCCAAGGGCCGUGCAGGAGUGGGAUCGCACCAGCAACUUUGACCGGAUGAUCUUUUAUGAGAUGGCAGAAAAGUUCAUGGAGUUUGAGGCUGAGGAGGAGAUGCAGACUAAGAACACACAGCUGGUGAAUGGGCCCCAGGGUUUGCCUCCUGCAGCCCCUCUGAAAGUCGAUCCUCCACAGCUUCGGGCCCCUGAGGUUUGCCAGCAGCCAGUGUACAUUCCCAAGAAGGCAGCUUCCAAGGCGCGAACCCCCCGCCGACGGCAGCGCAAAACCCAGAGACCCCCAGUGUCUGAGGCUCCCAAGGAAAUCCCCCCAGAAGCUGUGAAAGAGUAUGCCGACAUCAUGGAAGGGCUGGUGGGGAGCCACCUGGCCCCGGGAGAGUCUGACGGAAGACUGGAAGAAGAUGAGCAGCGGCAGGAGGAGGACGGGAUGUAUCCAGACCCAGAUCUCCUGAGCUACAUCGAUGAGCUGUGUUCUCAGGAGGUCUUUGUCUCUAAGGUGGAGGCCGUCAUUCACCCUCAGUUUCUGGCAGAUUUACUGUCCCCAGAACAACAGAAAGACCCUUUGGCUUUAAUUGAGGAGCUGGAGCAAGAAGAAGGACUCAGUCUUGCCCAGGAUGCCUCCACCUUCCCUGAGGCCAGCCAAGAGGCAGGGAACAGAGGCAGUUCCAUUUCUCUGCUGGAAACCACCGUUGACAGCCAUAUACUAGAUGUUGGAGAUGGCUGUGGCCUCCAGUUAGGGGUCAGUGAGGAUACCUGCCCACUACAUUUCAGUUAUCACCCCCCCCAAGGAGAGGGCAGGGAGGACACUGACUUACUGAAUUCAAAAGACCUUGCUCCCUUACUAGGGAAUCAAGAGUCUUAUGCACAUGGGAUUCCCAAGCUCACAUCUUCCCGGGGCCUUGCAAGAACUUCCCCUCGAUGGGGAAUUAGGGAUGCCUCAGUUCUGAAGGAAGCCUCUCCUGUUAGAGGAGCACACAGCACAGCAGGUGGAGCCAAAGGACAGGAGGAGGAGGAAGAGGAGGAUGAUGAUGAGGAAGACGAGGAACUCUCUGACUUUGCCUACCUCUUGGCCUCUAAACUAAGCCUGUCGCCAAGGCGGCCUCCUCUUGGUCCUCACCCUGCUCCAGGCCUGUCCUCCACGGGAGGUCAGGGGCUCCAGAGAGCAUCCCGCUCCCUCUCUGCUGAGGGAAGAGGCCCUGGCCAGCCUCCAUAUCCUGUUGCUAAGUCUAGGAAGCGAGCUCUAGUUGCAGGGCCAAUACCUGCCGGAAAGAGGCCCUACCUGGGAGGGCCUGAACUUGCUGUCUCUGGGGAGACACCCUCGCAGCCCCGUAAGAGAAGGCGUGACAGCCUGGGCACAGGCAGAAGGAAGAAACGUCGCCGGUGCCAGUAG